GUGGAAGUAUAACCAAUUUAGUGUUUGCAUGUGCAUGUAAAGUGUUUGAUGAAAUUUCAAAGAAAGUGCAUAUAUGAGUAUGUUAGAUUAUCACCUUGUUAUGGUAUUGUUGUUGGUAGAGAAUAUUAGUUUUAUAAUGAUCUCUUUAUAUGCCAUAAUGCAUUCUUAUAUUUGAGUAUUUACAUUUAGAAGAAUAACAAAGAAUAAGCUUAUUUACAUACACAUAUACAUAUAUGAGAACAUUGAAGAACAAAGAGAAAGAAAGAAAAGAAAUUAAUUGUAGAAUCAUUAUUUAAAAGAAUAUAAUUAAAGAAUCCUUCCAAAUCUGAAAUUUUUAAUUAAAGAAAUAUAAAAGGUUAUAAGAGAAGGUUGUUGCAAUGGGAAACCCGUGAGUGACAGAGAAGCAGAAUAGCUUUACAUGCACGCCGCUUUCAAUGAGCGGCCUCAGAAUAAGAAAGAAGAUUUUGUACAGUCCGUUGGAAGUGCAUGUGGAUGAGGGCUGUACCCAGAAAGAAUUUCAGAAUACACUCACACGGUGAGGGUUCCAAAUCUAUGCCUUAACCAAGUCUGACCGGCGAAGCAGAAUAGAAUAAAGAAAAGAAAGAGAAAAAGAAAAGAAAGAAUAGAAACAUAAAUAAAAGAAAGAGAAAAAGAAAAAGAAAGAAACACAGUAAAAGAAAGAAACAGAAAACAAAUUGAGAAAUAGAAGACUGAAUAAGAAAAGAGAAAAACAGAAAAGAAAAAGUUACUUUUUAGAAGAAGUUAUUCACUUGUGCAUGUGCAUUAUGCUACUUCUACUAUCCAGAGUUUUCUAUUGUAUUCAGUGACACUCCAGUUUCUACUAAUUGUGCUUACAUAUCGGUAAAUGAGAAACCAGAAUAAUAGAAAUAACGAAGAAGAAUAGAGAAGCUAGAUGUAAAAAAAGAACUCCAGAUUAAGAGUAACAGAGGAAGAAUAGUAGUAUAGUUGGUUCACUUACUGAGCAAUUAGUGUUCACUCCGUUGAUUUCACUGUUUUUGCAGGUAGUAGAUGAGAUGCGGUCAGGUAGAACGUCAAGUAGCGGAGGAGAAUGGCAACACUGUCCGUUUGUAUUUUGUGGUUAUUUAUGAGAUUUUGUUAUUUGAUGUAGGGAUUUUAAAUGUAAAGUUUGUAUUUGGGCCCUCUAUUACAUACUUAUAUAUAUAAAUUUUCUAUGAGAUAUAUAGUGAGUUUACUGUAUAUCUUUUAAAGAAUUACUAGCUAGAGAGUUUAUUGCAUUUUUUGUAUUAGAGCCAGGUUUUGGGAAAAGUAAGAGUCUUUUAUUAGAGUGAUUUGACAGUGUGCCUCUCCCGCCGCAUUGACGUACCGUAGCUGACCGUUAUGAGACGUAUGACUCGAUCAGGUAAUAACAAUGCAGUGAGUAUGGGUGAACCAUCCAACCCGUCAAGAUUUACUCCCCCUGUCCUCGAUGAAGCGAGGAUUCGUAAUAUGAUACAGCAGGUACUGGCUGAGAGUCAGGGGAAAUCUAUAUCGGAGAGAGUUGAGACACCAGUUGUUGUACCGACCACCCGAGAGGAGAGAGAGCGACCAGUACCCCCUAUAGUACCGUGCUGUCUUGAGCCUAUUUAUGGGUUACCUAGUCAGCAUCAGCCGUCAGUAUUUAGAGGUACGAUGGACCCAAUAGUAGCAGAAGAAUGGAUUCGGUCCGUAGAGCGUACGACGACACUUUUUCCCAUGACAGAAUGGGAAAAGAUUCGGUAUGCCAAUUUUCUGUUUCGGGGUGAUGCCCGAAUAUGGUGGGAGUUGAUGGAGGAUACUCAUGAUAUAGCCUCUAUGACCUGGGGAGAUUUCAGAAGAUUGUUUGAGACAGAAUAUGGAAUGGUUGAUCGAGUUCAUGAAAAGACUCAGGAGUUUAUCAAUUUGCAGCAGGGGACCAGUUCAGUGAAAGAAUAUUCCAUAAGAUUUAAUUCCUUGGCGAGGUUUGCACCAGGUAUAGUGAGCACACCAGAAUUGAGGGUGAACAACUUUGUCUAUGGGCUAAAUCCAAAAAUAGCUCGAGAUGUGAUGGUAGGAGCCCAACCCCCUCAGACUUACAGUGAGGCCUUGGAACGAGCUUUACGAGCUGAAAUAUUUGUGAAUAAGUUGAUUCCAACAACUCUAUCAGCAUCAGCUCCUAGUGUUCCACCUCUCACUCCACAGAGAGGUAGAGCUGAUGUCUCCAAUAAUAGAGAAGCGAAAAAUAAGAAAAGAUUUCAACCCAAGAAAAAUAGGAGGGAUUGGCAGAAUAAAAGGCCGAGGACUAUUGAUUUUUCCCCAUGUCAGAAGUGUGGGAGAUAUCAUCCGGGGGAGUGUCUUAAAGAAUUGGGCCGAAAUGUGUGUUACAAAUGCCAACAGCCGGGACAUGUGAUGAGAGACUGCAAAGCCCCUCCUGCACCCACAGCACAGACGUCCAGAGGUACCAAUGCUCGGGUGUUUACAGUAGCACAGAGUGAAACCGAGGUCAGCCCAUCCGCAGUUACCGGCAGCAGCUGCCGAAGAUGAUGACGAUGAUAUUGAUCUGUUUGGUGAGGAGACAGAAGAGGAAAAGAAGGCUGCUGAAGAGCGUGCAGCUGCCGUUAAGGCAUCUGGAAAAAAGAAAGAAUCUGGUCAAUCAUCAGUUUUGUUGGGAGUAAAGCCAUGGGAUGAUGAGACAGACAUGAAAAAGCUCGAGGAAGCAGUUAGAAGUGUUCAGAUGGAAGGGCUGCUCUGGGGAG